GUCCCAUCAUCCUCUUCUUUGACUGACUGAGUUUGUGUGAGUGUGUACUUUCUCAUCCCCCCUCCUCUCUUCCUCCUCCUUUUCAUCCUCUCUUCGUCUCCACUCCCGCUCUCAUCAAUCGAGUGACAAUGGCCUGCGACAUCUCCAUGAACGAGGCUGCUCCCAUCGCUGUGCACCACCAGGGCUACAUCCCCAGGAACGCCAUCGACCACAUGAAUCCCUUCUUCUUUAAGAGUCACCAGCACACUCACUCGCACGCACACUACGGCCAUAGCCAUGGCCACCACAACCACCCUUCCUCACACCAUCCUAUCCGUCAACAGCCCUACACGGCUCCCUCGCACACUCACACCACCACCGCCAGCAGUAAAAACAAAGACACCUCUCCAGAUACCCAUCCCUCUUCGGCUUCCACGACCUCACCCUCCCCGGUCGAUUUGCAAACGCCCGUUCCUCGGCGUAUGUCUGCGCAGAUCGAUCCCCUCACCCUGCUAAACACCCCUCCUGCAACCCCGCCCCUGACCGUCCUCAGCCAGAAACAGUACCCGUCCAACGUCCCCUCGACCACUCCAGCGUCCAUCCUGCGCAGCAGCACUAACACCAGUACUGCUGCUUCGUCCAAGGAAGACAAGGACGAGGUCGAGGACAAGGCUGACCCCUUGGCCUGGUGCGCCGCUCGAGCAAGGAUCCCGACCCCCGAUGGAUCCGAGUAUUUUUUGCAUAUCUACGAGAACAAGCAGGACAAGAAGGAGCAUCUGGCGUUUGUGUUUGGGGAUGCGAUCCGAAGCCGGACUCUGGAUAGAGUUCAGCCGAACGAGACGGAGAUGGACCGACUUAGACGAGGUGCUUAUACGGGUCGUCUGCAGAAUAUGGUUGAUGCAGAUCAGCAACCGCCGAGCGGGCCUUUCAGGACUGCGACGGCAACGGCGACAACAACAGCGACAGCGACAGCAACAGUGACAGUGACAACCGAGACCGUCGUAGAGUUCGACAAGGAUCAGGACACGGUUAUGGAGUCAACGACGACUGAGGUUGAAGCGUCCAUGUCGACGACAUCAACGAUGGCUUCUUCAGUUGCGUCGGCAGGGGCGGCGCCGUUGGUCCGUAUUCACUCGGAAUGCUUCACGGGCGAGAUUGGUCACUCGGCACGGUGCGACUGUGGCGAGCAAUUGGACGAAGCGAUCCGAUUGAUGAAGGCCCAAGGAUGUGGAGUGGUCGUCUAUCUGCGCCAAGAGGGACGUGGCAUUGGUCUCGGCGAGAAACUCAAGGCCUACAACUUACAAGACCUUGGAUAUGACACUGUGAUGGCGAAUUUGCUGUUGAACCAUGGCGCGGACGAACGCACUUAUGAAGUUGCACAGGCGAUUCUGCAGGACCUUGGGUUGGACCAGAUCCGACUGCUGACCAACAACCCGGACAAGAUCGAACAGGUCGAGAAGAAUAGCUCGAUCCGCGUGGUCGAGAGGGUGCCGAUGAUGCCCAAGUCCUGGGAGGCCAUUCAACAAGGUACCGAGGGCGAGUUCGAGGUCAAGGAGGGUGCGGUCGAGAACAAGAUCGUGAAGGGCAAAGAAUUGGACAAGUACCUGAAGGUCAAGGUCGAGCGGAUGAGGCAUCUCAUUCCUAUCCCCACAUCGCUAUAGGGCUAUAUAGCGUUCACCUGAGUUUUCUCUCUUUCUUGUUCAAUAUGUUUAACCAUCCCGUUCAAUGGUCUUGUAAUUUAUGAAAUAAAAAUCGCUACAACAAA